AUGGGCCUCUCUUCAAUUGUUUCCGGGUACUUGUUUCUUACCGGCUUUGCGGUCGGCCAAAUCGAAGUUGGCUUCCAAUCACACACCAGGCAAGCCCCGCCCGCGAGCGGGUAUCCAAGUCCGGGAUUUUCUAACAGCCGACUGACAUUAAUUCAUUCGCAGUGCGAUGCUGUGAUUGCCGCUGGACUCUCCGACCGAGUGUUUUUCCCGUUGGACCAGGAGUACAAUUCCAGCGUCACGUCCUAUUGGUCUGGAUCAGCUGCUUCCCUUCGCCCAUGGUGCAUUGUCAAGCCUGAGAGUGCUGAGGAAGUCUCCAAGGCAUUUUCAGCACUCGUCAAGACGAGUCCUGCGGGCAACUGGGACAUCGCGGUUCGCGGCGGAGGCCACUCCCACUUCCCCUCGAACAUUGUGGCCGAAGGUGUGACCAUUGACCUCAGCCGCAUGAAUUCAACGGUCUACAAGAAUUGCAGUGUAAGCUCGGACUCUUCCAAUUCGCUGCUUUCUUGCGGCAAGAACUCAACCUCCGAGAAGGGAACUUUAUCCAUUGGACCCGGUGCCAGGUGGGCUGGCGUCUACGAGGAAGUUGAGAAGCAUGGCGACUUGACAGUCACAGGCGGUCGUGGUGGCAAUGUCGGCGUUUCUGGCCUGACCCUCGGAGGUGGCGCAUCUUAUCACACCGGCUACCGUGGUUUCGCGUGCGACGACGUGAAAAACUACGAGGUGGUUCUCGCAGACGGCACCAUUGUCAACGCCAACGCGGGCGAAAAUCCAGACUUGUAUAAGGCUCUGAAGGGUGGCAGCAACAACUUCGGUAUCGUCACCCGCUUCGACAUGCAGACGUUCGCUUCAGCCCCAGGAGGUCUUUACGGCGGCCUCAUUUUCAUGGACUAUGUCUAUCGCGAUACUGUCAUGAAGCAAUUCGUUAGGCUGAUUGACAUCAACGAGCAACAUCCAGAAGACACUGAGGUUGUCACCUUCACCUACUCAGGAGAGGGCCCCCCAAUGAUUGCUAUUGUUGCGAUCAACACCGCCGGCGUUUCUAACUCGACCUCCUUUGCGCCUCUGUCUACUCUACCAACCAUCCUUGACGACCGGAAGCGGAAGACUUACGGUACUGCCAUCACUGAUCACAUCGCGGUCGGUGGCCCACGGAGUGCCUGGUUCUCGAUCUGUUUCCAGAAUGACAUCGAGGUUAUGAACAAGAUGGCAGGGCUCUACGACCAACUUCUCGUUGACCUCAAGGCCGUGAUUCCGUCCCCAGACCUCGGUGUUGCCUUCGUGAGCCAGCCCCUGCCGAAGUAUUUCGCGACCACGGGAAGUGGCAACAACGUCCUGGGUCUCGACACCUCAUUGACACACGAUUCGAUUAUUUGGCUUGGCCAAGUCAACACUCGCACUGCUGAGCAGGAGUCACUGGCCCAGGCCAAGCUGGCGGCUGUGACUGCCGAGCUCGAGGCCUUUGCCGAAGCCAUAGGCAAAUCGACCUCAUGGCGUUACUUGAACUAUGUUAACCCCGCCCAAGAUCCCAUCAAAACGUAUGGGGAAGAAAAUGUCAAGUUUUUGAAGGAAGUUGCAGCAAAGUACGACCCGACUGGCGUGUUCCAGACGAGGGUUCCUGGAGGCUUCAAGAUUUCGAAGGUUUUUUUGUAA